UGGCGAGUGCCGAGUGCCGACCACUCAGAGCCGUACCGUGGCCCGCGAUCAGUUGUCAGCCGACAGCCACGCGAGAAAGACGCUGCCAACGUACAGCGUGUUCUCCAAAACUUAACGCGAUUACUGCAGUGACUUGAACGAACUGAGAGUGUUGCGUGCAGUGCUAGUGGUAGUGAUGACUUUUGCAUGGAACGAUCAACUGACUUGUCUUUUGGACGAGCGUUGACUGAGGGGAUGGAAACGAAAGACCGGCUCGUCGAGGAGGUGCUGCUCCUUGCUCUGUUUCUGGUCUCGACCGCGGGCAACUCGUUGGCCCUGUUGGUCUUCUGUCGACGACCUGGAUUGAGGACGAUUUCAAAUCGAUUUGUCAUCAAUCUUCUGGCGACGAAUCUGGUGACUACCUCCCUGCUCGCGCCCGCGCUGUUCGGCGAGCACUCGGCGAGGGAGGCAGCGGGUUGGGUGGAGGCAGGAGACGCCGCCGCCUCGGCGUGCAGCUUGGCGGCAUUGCUAGCCGUUAUGCUCAUCGCCGUGGACCAGCACCACGCAGUCACCGACCCGCUCCGUUGUCACACAAGGCUCCUCCAGCGCCGCCCUGCCGCCCUCUGUGCGGCCACGUGGCUCAUCGCAGCCGGAGCGGCCUCCACUCGUGCAGCCAUCGCCGUCUUCAGACACUACUACCCCCUCAAACCGGCCGUUCAGGCAGUCGAGCUAGCGUAUUACGUCGUGUACUUAAUAGCUGGAGUCGUCGUUCCGGUAGCCGUGGUCUGCAUCAUGUAUGCGAGAAUAUACCGCGCGGCGAGAUCGUCCGGUCUCCGAGCGCGCGCUCACGGAGCCAGCGCUCUGCAGUUGCAUGAACCUCAAAUCAACUUGCCAGACUUGAUCGAAGAAGGUGAAGGAUUAACUUUGAAAAUUGAUGUGCCAGAAAAUGGAGAGACCGAUCGCAAGUUCGGUCCGUUCCUAUUACCGCCGGAGCGGCCCGUCCGCUGCCCUUCUGUCGCGAGUCUCAGAAACGCGCGAAGAGAGGGAAAAUCGAAUGAAGAUUUAAGGAAAGGCUUGCCUGCGGUUAGCUCGGCGCCAUCUCUUGCCGCACCUCUAUUGUCUGUGCAACCGCGGAUGCCCGCUCCUUCUAACAAUGGAUCGAGAAUAACGUCUAUCCGGUGUCGAAUAUCGAACGCUUCUUUGUUUAGAUAUAGAGAAGAAUCUCGUGCAGCCCGAGUUGGACUAUUAACGGGUGCAUUAGUGAUGUUGCAUGUGCCGCACGCGGCGGCUGCGGUCGUAUCGGCCGCCGCGCCGGGCCUCGCAGCUUGUGUACGGACUCCUGCGUUAGCGUUACUGUUACUAGCUUCAGCGUUAUCGCCAUUCCUAUUUGCGUUGCGAUCGCGCCGUGUGCAGCGUGAAGCGCGGCGGCUUUUGCUUCCCGAGAAGAGCGCGUGGGAUAGAGCGUCUGGGGCUGCCUCGGCGGCGGCGGCGGACGGCCAGCGGGCGCGGGCCGCUCUCGAGCUGCUGCGGACGCUGACCCCGAGCAGCGACGGGAGAGACAAUGGAGAGAACCGCACGUCGGUUUCGGGAAACGGCUCGGAGGCUGGCGCGUGCCGCAGCUCCUUCAGCUCCGGCGGCAGCACGCAGCUGUCGUCGGCGUCGGACGAGUGACCGCCGCCCCCCGACCCGCGCGCCCCGCGGGUCCGCUUCUCUUUGCGCCCCACCGCUCUACUCAUCUGUGAUACUAGGUUAAGACGCCCCGCGCUCGGCGCGACCGUUAGACUGAUUUAGUAUAAGUUAAUUUAUUAAUGUGUCCAUGUACCUUUCCGCUGAGCGGAGCAUUUCUACCUGAUACUGAUAAAUGUAAUAGAAAAUAUUAAAUUCGAUUUGAAAUGA